CUUCUUCUUCUUCUUCUACUUUCCCUCACCAACAAUCCUUCUCUUCUUUACCCUUUUCGCACCAAAAUUUUGAGUCUCAAAUCCCUAAUUACAAAUUGAAAGAACCUCGAAAAUCUAGGGCUCUGAUUCCUUCGUUCGGACUCCAAUGGCGAAGAAGCGAAAAUCCGAGGCCACGCGGCUCGAUGAGGUUGAUCGAACCAUGUACGGCGCUUUUCGAGGUGCUGCUAAUUCGCUAUCUCAGCUCUAUACCCAUGCCAUGAACCACCAACGCGCUUCUUUCCUCGCCGGUGAACGUCGCGGAUUGGAGAAACUUUACCAAUGGAUUGUUGGACAAGAAGAAGAAGGAACUAGAGUAUCGAUAGAUGAUAUUACUACCUACUUACAGAAUGAGCUUGAAUCUGAGCCUGAGGAGACAUCGAUACCACUCCCCAUGCAAGAGUUUCAUCAGCACCACCAAUUUGCUUCACCAAACGUAAUUACUUCGGCAGCUCAAAUUCCUUCAAGUCACACAUCACAACACUAUGAUUAUAACCAAGAGAAAGUCUUGAUUCCACCAAAUGGUCUCUCAAGCCCGGUUCGAAGAACCCUUCAGGAAUUCAACUUGUGUGAGGCCGAGUCUGGUAACCGCAAUCCAAACUCUACAGGUCAUGAGUUAUCUUACUGAAAUCUUGUUUCAAUAUGGUAACAAUGAAAACAAAAAUCCCGUUGUAAAGUCUCAAUUGUUAAUGGUAAAGUAUUGGCUCAUGUAAUACACAAACGAUUUUUUUAAUCUUUGAAAGACAUUGUAGGGAUUUGAAAUUGACCCAUUUGAUAGAUAAAA